AAAACUUGACAGCACUGAAUUAGGGGACGAUCUUUAUUCGUACAUACACUGUUCCGUCCGUCUCUUCUCUCUCCGAUGCUUUUCCGUUCCUAGCUGCCGUAUUCCAAUGUUGAUGAGCCCGGUUGGAACGGCGUGCAUGGAACACCCCGCGAAGGAUGGCAGCAUAGCACGCACUAGAUAGUGGAGAGAGAAGAAGGCAGAACAAGAAGAAAGGUCGUCCUAAUUGUCGGGCUCGCCGUCGUCGCCUGGGUUGUCUGGGUUGUCUUGGUGGUCGAGAAUCCCGAUGCUAGUCUUGGAUAGAGGAACCAGACCAACCAGACCAACCCAAAGAAGAUGAUGACGAUGACAAGGAUGAGAGCGACUUGAGCUACCCAACCCGUCCAUGCCCAAUCUUGAGACUAGAGAUCCUAGCAUCCAGCCAACGAAUCCAACCCCAGAUCAAAGCCUAGAGUCCAACCGGUCUCAUCGACCACCCCUCCCUUGGGAUCUCACCUGAUCAUCAAUUUGGACGUGCCAAAAAUGCUGGCUCCCGAUCGAGACAAUAACGAGACGUGAAGAAUUGGCUAGCACGCGCGCACAGACAGGGUCAGUAGUCCCCCCCCUCCCCGGCGAGGUUUGAUUGGGAGUGCGGGCCCAGGAUGGAGACCCUAUACUACUGCGGCUUCAACGGGUUCAAACAGGUUCCCUCGUCGGCGAAUAAUGUCACUCUGACGUCCCUGGUGCCCCAUAAGUCGGCCUCGAAUACGCGAAUCCUGGAUGUGGACAUUUGUUGGAACUACUUGGUGGUGGUCCAGGAUGGGAGUGGCAUCACCAAGUACGGUUUGGUGGAUGGUAAGAAUGGCAGCGUCGAGCGAUUGACCGCUCCGCCCCAUGUCGAGAAAAUCGUCCAACUCUCAGCCACGCCCCGACAUCUGCUCGUCUGCACCGACAAUGGAGAAUGCUGGACCCACGAAGAGAACAAAGGAUGGCGGAAGGUUCACGUGGGAGCCGAGCCAACUCCCUUGAUUCACGACGAAGAUCCGGCGGCCGAAGCGAUCAAUGCCCCCAACGCCGAGUCCGCCGACACGGGUUGUUUGAUCGAUAUCAAGCCUGAACCCGCCCAAGCCGAAUCCCCGCCCAAGAAGCGUCUGUCCAUGGAUCACGACGUCGGACCCGGAUCGCCCUCAUGUCAUGUCAAAUUGGUCAAAACCUCUUGCGGGGAUGCCCACAACAUCGGUUUGGAUGCCCAAGGCGUGGCCUACAGUCUGCCUUCGCCACUGGACUUUGAUGUUUUCCCCGCCAAUGCUCAACACCGAGUCACAGAUGUGGUUUGUGGCAAGGAACAUUGCUUACUCCUCACCGAACACGGCCAGGUCUAUUCUUGGGGGGGUGGCUCUCGCGGCCAACUUGGCCACGGCUCGCUCAAUUCCGAGGAGAAGCCCCGGCUCAUCACGGCCCUAGACGGGAUGAAGAUCAAGAAAAUCGCGGCGGGUGGAUGGCACUCGGCCGUCAUCAGUCAGUUCGAUGAUCUCUACAUGUUCGGGUGGAAUGAAUCGGGUCAAUUGGCUCAGACCACGAACCUGGUCCGACCGGCCGAGUGCUUCGCGGCCGUGGAAAAGCUGCUGAUGGCGUGUUGCACCAUGCAACCCGAAGACACCAACAACCCGCGGGGCGAUUCCGAAGAUUGCGAGGUGUACCACAAGAACAAUGAGGAGGUCCAACCACCCUUGGACCCCGAAAAAGAUGCGCUGACGUGUUACAACGCCGCCACGUCCUGCAACGACUCGCAGUCCGACUUGGUGGUGGUUCAAAAUAUUCCUAUGUUAGUGCAGAUCCCGGGCAAAUCUGGCGAAGAGUGUCAGGCCUUGGACGUGAGUUGUGGCUCCAGACACACCGUGGUUCUAACCAGCGGCAAUCAACUGUGGGGCUUUGGUUGGAACAAGUACGGUCAACUGGGCUUGGGUCACACCACUUCCAAGGACGCCGUGGAGAAGAUCCCAUUGCCCAAAGGCUUCGCCAAGAACAGUGUGGUCAAGAUGUUACGCUGUGGCGAUUGGGGCACCGCCGUGGUCAUAUCCACGCCACCCAAGAAAAGUUAAAACAAAUAUUCCGCCGUAAAUUUCGUCUGUUUGAAUGAAUGAAUGUUAUAGCUCAAAGCUGAGAAGAGUUUGGAAAUAAUCCCCCACCUGGGCAAUGCGCAGUUGUAUGUAAUACAAUACCCAUGCUUGA